AUGCAACAGCAACCUCCUUCAUACCAACAACAAGCCUCCUCUCCUUCUUCUACUACUUCAUCAAAUUCUGCAAACACCACUACCACCACCCGAGAAGAGAAUAAUAGACAACAACAACAACAACAGCAGGCUUGUUCCUCCUCUUCUUCCAUGACUACUACUACCCCAAAUAAUAAUAGGAUAUCCUCUCCUUCUUCAUCAAUGUCAUCAUCCAAUCUUCAACCAGAAACAACAACUUCAACCAAUAAUAAUAACAACACUCGUUUGUGGAGAUCUUCAUCAAAGAGAGUUUCCUUCUUCUCAUCAUUAAAUUCCAUUGAUGAAUCAGGACUCUUAUCAAGUAUAUCGGAGGAAUGUGAAAUGUCUCCAACACAUAUACAACUCUUACCAUCAAACAAUGUUAAUAAUAAUAAUAAUAAUAACAACAACACAACAAGUCAGCAGCAACAAGAAACACCAAAAUCACCUAAAAACGAAAAUAAUCAACAAAAGCCUUUAGAUAAGAAGGCGAAAUCACUUCCCCAAAUUGAUACUACCCAUACUCAACCACAAACACAACAACAAAACACGACCACCAAUGAUGCCACUCCACAAAAUAAGUCACAAGUAGCUAAACGAGCAGUACCACCACAACAAUCACCACCAAUAUCACCAACUGUAUUAUAUCAUAAUUAUUCUGAUUUCGCGUAUGUAUUUAAUUAA